GACAGUAUUAUCGGUUUGAGGUCGGUGACAGAGCAGUGAGCGAGCACAAACCCACGGGAUUUGAUGGAGAUGGGAUGACCCGCUGCUCUAUUUAAAAAAUUAUAGAAAUCGGAAACCGUUUUUAUUUUCUCUUAAUAGUUUCUGACAUGUCGGGAGAUAAAGUAAAGAGUCCUUGCAACAAAUUCCAAGCGAAUAUUUUUAACAAAAGUAAAUGUCAGAAUUGCUUUAAGUCUCGGGAACUUCACCUUUUGACAGACCAUGGCAAUGACAAGGCUAAACCCGUCUACGGGGGCUGGCUCUGCAUCGCGCCGACGGGGACUGACUUCGAUAAUCCCGUGCAGAGGUCAAGGAAGUGGCAGAGGCGUUUCUUCAUCCUGUAUGAACAUGGCAGUCUGAGCUUCGCCCUGGAUGAGCUGCCCUGCACCCUCCCCCAGGGCUCGGUGAACAUGAACCAGUGUACAGAUGUAGUGGAUGCCCAGCCCCGGACCGGCCAAAGGCACGCCCUCUGCAUCGUCAGCCCCGGCCUGGAGCUCUACAUCAGGGGGGAGAGCAGGGAGAUCAUCAACGGCUGGAGUGAGCAGUUAGCUGUGUAUCCUCUGACCAACAAACUGAAUCUGAAGAAGAAACGCAAGGUUGAAAUUUCUUCCUUCCAGGAACUAAGUCCGGCAAAGAUGACAGCUACUGAGUUCUGUUUCCCUGACUUGGAGAGUCCAAUACCUGUAUUCAGUCCCAACUCCAGCCCCAGCCCCAACCCCAACCCCAGCUCCAGCCCCAACCCCAUCUCCUCCUGCACCAGUGGCCCUGCCAGCUCUAUGGACUCUCUGGCCGGUGGGGACAUUGACCUUUGCCCUCCCACCAAUCCCAGCCCUGACCCUUUGACCUCAGAGGGUCAAACAGAGACAAACACCCGAUCAUCAGUCAAACGCAACGACACCCAGAAGCCAGAGAGGAGGCGCCGAAAGGAAGCAGAGUGGCUGGAUCAGGGGAAACCUGUGAGGAUCGACACAGAGCAGGAAUUUGGACAGAACACAUACAGGAAGGGGCGGAGCCACCAGCGAGAGAAGCUGCAGUCGUGUGCAGAGGGCCCGGCCUCCCAGCUCCCCCUCCCUCCUCCCCAGAGGAGGGCCAAGUCUCUGGACCGCAGGACCACCGAGUCCACCAUGACGCCUGAUCUACUAAACUUCAAGAAAGGAUGGAUGGUCAAAUUAGACGAGGAGGACCAGUGGAGGAAGUUCUGGUUUGUUCUCUCUGCGGACAGUCUUCUCUACUACAAGGACUCACUGGCUGAAGAGGCCUCAGACCUGGACGGAGAGAUCGACCUGACGGGCUGUCACGGCGUCUCUGAGUACCAGGUCCCCAGGAACUACGGCUUCCAGAUCCACACCCUGCAGGGUGUGCACACGCUGUCGGCCAUGACGGCAGGCAUCCGGAGGAAGUGGAUCCAGGCCCUCAUGAAGAACGUGCGUCCGUCCAACGCCCCUGACGUGGCCAGCAGCCUUCCGGGCCUGUGCCCCCCCUGCAGCCCUCCGGAGGCCCUCCCCAGGCCUGACGUGACCCAGGAGUCUCGGCCCACAGGCUGUGGUCCGAAGCCCAGGGAGGGAGCCCUGGGCCUGGGGCUGAGCACCAGACAGAGCCGGGUGCGGGAGAGAAGGCAGGAGGGACGCUCCAAGACGUUUGACUGGGCCGAGUUCAGGCCCCUGGCCCAGCUAACACCGUCACCCACCCCAGCCUCAAUGCCAGCUCCAGCCCCAGCCUCUAUCUCUGUUCCAGCCCCAGCCCCAGCCUCUAUCUCUGCCCCAGACCCUGCCCCAGCCCUAACCCGAAUAGGUCUCUGGGAGCAGGAUGGGAGGAAGAGGCGUGAGGACAGGAGGAGGAGGUAUGAUAGCUUGCUGAGCUUUCCUCUGGGCUGGGAGCUGGAGGACAGCAGAGAGGAGGGUCCUUCCCUCUGCUCCCCCCAGGCACAGAAGAGGGUCCAGGAGGAGAUAGAGAGGUGCUGGCAGCAGGUGGAGAGAACUGUUUUCAGAGCGGACAAGACCGUGCCAUUACAAGCAGAGACCCGAAGGACUGUACCAUUAAACUCUGAACCCCCCAGGACUGUACCACCUCACACUCCCAGGACUGUACCAUUAGAUUUGGACCCUCCCAGUACUGUACCAUCACAACAUGAAGACCAGGACACAGAUCACCUGGUGUACCAGGAGACCAGCCAGGUCCUGCUGCAGCAGGACGUCAUCCGACAAAACCAGCAGCAACAGCUGGACCGCACACAGUCGCUCGCAUCCAACCAGGAACCUCCUAGCUCUUCUGAACCAGUCUCAUCUAAUCAGCUUGAUUUCCUCCCGUCAGCCUUAGCCAAUAAGGAACAGCUUGUCUCGCCCACGCCAGUCUCAACCAGCCAGAUUCCACAAUACUCAGACCCUAAGCCACCCAGAAUCUGGCUUCAUGAUACUGAGGGUAACUUGCAGGAGCUAGGGGGAUGGACCCCAGUCUGCCCUGAACAGGCUCCCACCUCCACAUCCUCCCCAGUCCUGGACAGUGAGCUCCCCCACACCCCUCAACCUCAUUCUGGGCAAGGUGUACUGAACAGAGGGCCUGACCUGGAUACAGCGCUGGACAGAGGAGGGCAUCAGCAGGGGGCAUCAAGGCCAGAGACCAACACAGGUAGAGGAGCCUGGAGCUCUGAUCUACCCAUCAUGGAGGUGACUGGGGAGAUGGCCAACAACCUGGCUGACAACGUCAACAUCUAUGAGGUCUUCAGGUCCAGAGAGGAGCAGACAGACAGUCCGGACCUAAGCUUGAGCCCAGAGCCAGGCCUCUCAGUGGGACAGCUGUCCCAGGAAGUAUCCCUGCUCACCAGGCAGAAUCAGGCUCUGGACCAGCGCAACCAGGAGAUGGUGAACCAGCUGACCGAGGCUGACAGGGAGAUAGAGAGGCUGAGAGCGGAGCUGUCCGUCAGGCUCGGCCAGCCCCAAGGUUCCCUGGAGGAGAAGCUGGCCAGUCGGGCCAGGGCGGAGGGCCUGGAGGCAGAGCUGCGCCAGAGGACCCACCAGCUCCAGGAGGCCCAGUUCCUCCUCGCCUCCCUGGAGGAGCGUCUGAGGGACACAGAGACUCGGCUGCAGGUCAGAGAGGCCAUGCUGCAGGGCCUCAGCUGCUCCCCCGAGACAGGGGAGGAGGAAGAGGAGGAGGAAGAGGAGGGGAAGGAGGAGGAAGACUGGAAAAGGACAGAGGAGAAAGUAAAAGAGAAGGUUAUUAGGGAGAAGGAGGAUGUAGGCCUAAAGGAGGAGGAGGAGGAGGAGGAGAAAGAGAAAGUGAUAUGGAGGUUACAUGGAGAGCUAGAGAAGGAGAAAUUGAUGGAGGAGGAGAGAGGAGAGAAGGGCAGACGACAGGAGGCAUGGCAAGAAUCGGGUUCCUCAGUGUCAGGGGACGGGAGGAUAGAGCAAGUGAUGGAGGAGAUGGUGCUGAGGUCUAGAGUUAUGGGCGGAGUCCUGGAGAUGAUUGACAGGUCAAGCAUGAGCCUGGUCAAAGUGGCGCUGGACGGAGAGGAGGAUAAAGUGAAGCUGACUGUGGCCAAUCAGCUGCAGCUGGAGGAGGAGUUUUGGGCCACGCUGCUGAUUGAUCUGAAGGGUAACCAAUCCCAGGAUAGGGAGGGGGAUGGACGGACAGAUAGGCUGGUUCUCAGUGAGGUGGUAGAACGUGUGAUGGUAGAGAAGCAGAUGCUGUUGUUAGCUUACAGUCUCACACAGUCACACACAGACACUGGUGCAGGGGAGGACGGAAUGAACUGUGACAGGCCUUCUAAAGACUCAGCCAUAGGCACUGACCAGGAGAAUGGUACGUCGCACAUCGGACAGCAUGACACGGAUGACAUCACAAUGACAUCAACGGACACAAAUGACGUCAUCGGUCGCUUCACAGAGGUCACCCGGGUGAAGAUGUCACUGCUCAACCACAUUGUCCGCUCGCUCAGGUGCUCAGCCAAUGAGCAGCUCCGGCCCAGAAGUCCACCCAAUGAUCAGCUGUGGUUCAUGGCGACCAGGCUAAGCAAGCUGCCCAGUCUUCAGUCCCCCGGGUUGUCCAUCGCUCACCUAGCUGCUGCAGAGACCCUCACUGCCUACCUGAUCAGCAUGCUGCAGGCCCAGCACCAGAGAGAGCACCAGAGGGCCAGACAGGGCCUCCUCUCCCCCUCUCUGCCCUGCAGAUGCUGCCUCAGCCUGGGGAGGGAGGACCGGGAGCUGAGGGGCAGCCUGGCUGAACUGGGGAGGCCGUGGGGGGGUCCAGGAGGUCAUGGGGGGGCCGGGCCUGAGCAGGGGCAGGGCAAGGUACCUGUCACAGGGGUACUGGAACCAGCGGAGGAGCAGAUGACAGAGGGGACCACCCAGGACGUUUCAGGUCAAAUGGAGGCUAGGAACCCUAAGAAAGAGGGGACCGUUUUAAAUGAUGGACAAGGGCUUGGGAGGCUACAGGAUGAAGGGUCAGUUAUAGACAACGUGCCAGUGGAAGAAGUACUUGUUGAGUCACUUACAAACACCUCAGACUGCCCGUGGGGACACGGUGAUGAGCAGGUGGAGAGGGGACAGGAAGUGGGAAGCCUUAAACAGGAAGAAGAUGUGUUGUCACUGCGGGCCAGAGUGAGGGAUCUGGAGAUGUGUCUCUCUCUGGUGGUGGAGGAGAUGAGAGCGGAGCAUGAUGGGAAAAUGGUGUCUCUGCAACUACAACAAGAACAGGAUACAGAAAGGCUAAAGAGCAACUAUGAGCAGGGCUUGACCUCCGUGGAAGAAUCUCACCAGAGAGUGUUGGAGGAGAUGAGCCAGAGACACCGGAGAGACCUGGCCAGCCUGCGGAGAGAGAGAGACCGACUGCUGGAGGAGGAGACUGCUGCUACUGUCACUGCAAUUGCAGCCAUGAAGAGCGCGUACCGUGUGGAGCUGGAGAGGGAGGUUCAGAGAGCCGUCCAGGAGCAUCGAAGCAGAGGGCACUCUGACCUGGAGGACAUGUGCAGACAGCACAGUGAGGAGCUGGGGUCCUGCCAGCGGGAGCUGGAGGUGUUGUCCCAGCAGUACUGCCUCAGGUGUGUGGAGGCUGUGGACCUGGAGCAGACUCUGGAGUCCCACAGACACACUCUGAGGAGGAGCCAGCAAGACAACCAUCACCUGCGCACACGCCACCAGGAGCUGAGCGCCCAGCUGGCAGCAGAGAUCACCAGACUGCGUUCCCCUGCCCUCCAGGCCUCCACCCUUCCCUGCCAGGACCACCACCAUGAAGAGCUGGAGAUCAGACUGAGAGUGACGGAGAGUGAGCUUCAGUGUGUGAAGCAGGAGAUGAUCUUCCUCAGGGACCAGCUAGAGUCAGCCCACAUGGAUCAGAGAGAAGCCAUAGAGCAGUACCAGGACCUCUCUGCUGAGCUGGGCAUGUUCAGAACCCGGGCCACCAGAGAUCUGAGCAUGCUCAGAGAGAACCUCCAGCUGGCCCACAAGGCGCUGGUGGAGGCUGGACACACACACAAUGGAACCUGUUAGAACCACAAUGGAACCUGUUAGAACCACAAUGCUUCAUCACUUAUGUCACAAUUUUUUUAUAAAAUGUUUCCGUUAUUCUUGUUCACUGCUGUUGUAAAGAUGCAAAUUCCCUUGAACAUCGAUACAGUUUUAUCCAUCCAUAUAUGCAUUUAUCCAUCCAUCCGUCACAAUCUCUGGGGUCAAUCUUAAGUCCUCUGACUCACUCAUACCACGCUUUAGAAUGCAGCGAACAGCCUGCAAUUCAACAGCACAGGUGGGCGGUAUUUUUCACAGAGGAGUGAGUUCAACCUAUUGAACUUGGUUACAAUGGCACCACACACAACUUGGAAGUUGCCUUUCGGUUGUUCAUCUGGAGAUUUCUUUCAUUACAAAACAUCUCCAAAUAAAAUACAAUAUUAUUAACCUGUGGCAAAGUGUGUUUCAAUUCAUCUCACAGAUAUUGCUGGAGAUUUAAAUAAAGAGCAAUAUGUGUUCCUGCAGUGUUUACAAAACAGUGUGUGUGUGAUGUGUGUAUGGCAUAUGUUACUUGGUAGUGUGUGGUAGUUACAGACAUCCAAUAUUACUGCAGCCCUUCUAUGUCGGCCUCAGGGAGAGAUUCCUGAACACGGUACAUGAUGCAUGACCGGAACAUCUCUUCUUCUCCAUAGCCUUGUGCUCUUAAUCUAUCUCUCCCUCUCUAUGUUUUUAUAUUUUUGUCUCUCUAUUUCUCCCCCCCCCCCUCUCUCUGUUUAAUUUGUCAUCCUCCAUUCUAUUUCAUCGCCGUGGUUUUGAUUUCUUACAUGAUACAACUUUCAUCUGGCUAAACCCAACCUCCACCCUCCUUCACGCAUUCCCUCCUCUACCUAGGACCAGUUUUUUUCUAAAAUGUUUUUUUAUUAUAUUUAUAAAUCUGUUUGAGAGUUAAAUAAUUAUUUAUAUGAUACUUCGUCACCCCAGCGCUUUAGGCUACUCGUGUUUUCGAAGUCCUCCAUUUAGACCAUAGACUGUAUGAUUCCUACAUAAUAGUUUUCAUGUACGACAAAUAAUGAUAUGUUCU